GUCGGGAAGGGCGCAUGGCGAAAGGGAAGCGAACGGAGUCGCCGCUGGACGCGCAGCGGAGGGCGACGGAGGAGCAGAGGACGGCGAUGAACUUGACGGUGCUGCAGCGCAUGGACCCAGAGGUGAUGGAGGUGCUCGAGAUGUCCCGGCAUGUCGUCCUGUACGCCUUCGACUGCGCCGGGCAGAGCUGGAGCAAGCUAGAUGUAGAAGGGUCCAUGUUCGUUGUGAGGAAGAGGAGGGCGUUUUCAUGCAUCAUCCUCAACAGAAGUGGGCUAGAGAACUUUGUGCAGGACAUCGGGACGUACACGAUGGUGCAGAUAGAGGGGCCUUACCUGAUGUGCACGAACUCGACAAACAAUCAGGUGGUGUAGAGGGCCGAUGGUGUGAUGGAGGUGGCAGUAAGAGAUGUGCUGAUGUAUGGGUGCGAUGUAAAGUUUUGUCUAUUCUUGUGUGAGAUGUCAAAAUCCCUGCUCGCGUGUACGAGGUUCUGGGAUUUUGGUUCUACAAAGAAGAAGAAACAAUAAAGAUAGGAAAGCUCUUUAAUGACCUUGUGGAAAUAUGCAAGGGCGGAUUUCCCGUCGAGCAGAGCCAAGCAAAAGGAUACGGGGCAGAGAUCAUGAAGAUGAUCAAUGCUGGCAAGGAGAGGGAGCCGCUGCCUCCGACCAGGGGACCGCCGCUUGUAGAUACGCCAGUGCCAAGCUCUCCUGGAAGUGAGAUCUUGGCUAUGUUGAGGAACUCGUUUCCAGCUCCUGCCGCUCCUGCUGCUGCUGACGUCACAGAUUCCUCAAGCGCCGC